UUGCCUAGAUUGGGGACUAGGUAUCCUUCUAGGCCUACCACAGACCGGGAUAUGCAAGCUAUUAUACGUCUCCCUUUCUCUCUGUCCCAUUCUCACCGAAUUUCCUUUUUUUUGUUGCAUUUUGCAAAAUGGGACGGUGCUAAGCUUAUGGGAAAACUUCGGGAAACUGCUGUGUAUAUAUAG